GUAGCCACACUGAUCUACCUCAGAAAUGUGCAUUAAAAGUCAGAGUUCCAGUCAAAGAACCCUCCAGGUACAACUUUGUGAUGGGCAGAGGAUCAAUGAGGGAGAAAGACAAGGAAGAAGAGCUGAGAAAAGAGGGUGGAAAGUAUGCACAUUUGAAUGAAGAUCUUCACGUCUUGGUCGAGUGUUACGCAGAAAUUACUGAUGGUUACAACAGACUUGCCCUGGCUCUGGCUGAACUCAAGAAGUUUCUUAUUCCUGAAAUGACUGACGACGUGUAUGGUGGUGGAGAUGAUGGAGAUAUGGGAAUGAACGGUGCACCUCGUGGACGAGGUGGCUACAGGGGUGGCCCACCAGAGAGAGAGGUGGCCGUGGUGCCUGGAAGAGGUGCUCUUUUAUCCAGAGGUGGUGGCCCUCCCCCAAGAGGUGCCCCCAGGGGAGCCCCAUCAUCUCGUGGACAUGCACGUGGUGCAGUCUACGGAUAUGGAUCUGGUGGUUAUGACUCAUACGAUGAUAGCUACGGAUAUGGAUCUGGGGUUAUAACACAUACGAUGAUAGCUACUGAUAUGGAUCUUGAUUCCAAUCAUGACUACGGUGAUGGGUCCACAAGUGGAGAUGCCGGUUACGAUUCCUACUCUGGCAGCAAGGCUGCUCCUCCCGCAACUCGUUGUGCUUCAAGAUCCCAAAGCCAAUCCCACCCCUACACACGUGCAGCGUCAGGAGACUAUUAG